AUGCUACCGUACCUGUUCCCUGACCUUGCUGCCUUUCCCACAGUCGUUGACCUCAUUACGCACCUUCGCACUAGCGACACUUGCUACCGCGCUGCGCUUCCUGCUGAAUUCUUUGCCAAGAACCCCCCCUGCAUGUACAUCACCCUCUACUACAUAGUCACCCGGCUCCCUGACUCCCUUCGCUUAGUCAGGGACCACUUCCUCUCAGUUUUCCCAACCACACUCACCGUUGACCUCCUCGAGGAGCGCCUCCUAGCAGCAGAGAAUAGCAUAGUCGCUGUAGGAGCCUCUCGUGGUGACCCUCGCACCGCCGUCUUUGAGGGGUGUUCUCCCUCCCCCUUCUUGCCCUCUGUUGCUUCUGAUGCUGCGGCCGACCUCGUUGGCUUCGAGGCGUUGGAGGGGCUGGCGGGGGCGGUGGAGGUGGUGGUGGAGGCAGUGGAGGGGGUGGGGGUGGUGGUGGGAGUGGUGGCGGGGGUGGAGGUGUCGGUGGCAGCAGUGGAGGCGGAGGAGGCGGCGGUGGUGGCGGAGGGAGCGGAGGCGGCGGAGGUGGCGGAGGCGGCGGAGGUGGCAGAGGCGGCGGAGGCAGCGGUGGAGCUGGUCGCGGCUUUGCGCAGAGGAGUGGCUACGGUGGUGGUCCGCGCCAGCAGCAGCAGCGCAGUCGUGAGACCCUGUCCCCUCAGCAGCUUCGUGAGUGGUAUGCUGGGCGUCAGCGGGGUGGGGGUACUGGUCCCUGCACCUACGUCCUCCGUACAGGCGAUCGCGCUGGUGAGCAGUGCGGGGGCACGCACUCCACCCAGCGCUGCUUCGGCCGCCUGA